CACGCGGUCCGAUGGCGGCGGCCGCGCCGGGGGCCCCGGCUGAGGUCUUUGUGACCUUUGAGGACGUGGCCGUGUACUUCUGCUGGGAUGAGUGGCGCCUCCUUGAUCAGGCCCAGAAGGAGCUGUACCACGAUGUGAUGCUGGACAACUUGGCACUUUUGUCCUCGCUGGGUUGUUGCUGUCAAGCAGAAGAUGCAGAGACACCGUUUGACCAGAGCGUUUCUAUAGGAUUGUCACGGACUAGGACUCCUAUGCCAGCCUCCUGUUCUGCGAAGACCCACUAUGUUGACUUGUAUAGUCCAGUCUGGAGAGAGAGAUUCCACAUGCCAGAGCCCCUGGCAACUCAAAAAUACCAGGACUUGUUCAGGACUGGGGAGCCUCCUGGUAGAGAAAGCCCUGAUUGUGUAGCAGAAAUCAUGGAAAGUCCCUUCACUGAAACUUCAGCCUCAUGAAACACCAUAUUGUUCACUCUGGAUAAUGGUUGGUUUGUUUCAAUUUUUUUUUUUCCCUAGAGAUUUAUUUAUUUAUGCAUAAAAGAACUGGGGUACAGGCCAGUGGUACAGGGGCUGAGAGGGUUCACCAGACACAGAGUGGGGAGGCAGAACAGGCAGAUCCACUGAAAUCCACUGCUGAAGGGAGCAGUGGGGAGACAGAAGAGUCUGCUGUGCCCUGUGGGUCAGCUCCCUGGCUGGGGAUCACACUCAUGCUGCAGUGGCUGCGGACAGCUUCAUAGUGCUAUGACUUAACCCCUUGCGCCUCCAGGGAGGCCCCACUCUGGAUAAUGGUUUUAUGAGUGUGAUGAAUGUGGGAAAUUCUUUAGCCAACACUGUCCUCAUUGCACACUGGAGUUUCCAUUAAGUGAAAACCUACCACUUGCUAUGUAUGCGAAUACCACAGUUCAGGUCAUGUAGGUAAUGACUUAAUUUUGGUUCAGUAUAACACUGGGGAGAGAUUUACUGAGCACCUCUUUCAUCUACUGAGCAUGCAGCUCAGACACCAGGAAGUUCCCAGGCAUGUGGUGCCUCCAUCAUGCUUUCCAUUUUGUCCAGGGCCCUACCCAGACUGCAAGUUCCAUAACCAGUGCCGCCUGACUGUGACGGGGGCAGGUGAUCACCGAGUCUGUCAUUGACCAGGUCUAACGUACGGGGCGUCAGCCUUGAUGGUCUGUUUUGCUGGAGGGACUUGAUGACGCCCAACUCUCAUUCCUUUCUCCUUUUCUGUAGUUAUGGCACCAGUUUUUGUGGUGUAUAUACUACUGUGAUUAAAAUACAUGCAGUGUUGUUUUGUUUUUUUUUUUUUUUCCCAUGAAUAAAGUUCUUCUCUUAUCGUUCCUGUGGUGAAAUAGUCCAUCUUUCUGCCCACCAACCCAGGAGUAGCCUUUGCCUGUUGCUCUGUGAUUAAGGCCUUUUGUUUAAACUGCCUUUAAUCUUGUGGUUUCAAUUUAGUGUAGGGUGUUCCGAAAACAUCAGAUUUUUCUAACCUAAAGAGGUAAACAGCUUUCUUUUAGAUUUCAGGACCUUGUGUACCUCUCAGAACUGCAUGGUGGCAGAAUAUAGUUCUACAUUUAGAUUUGUUUACAUCACUGCCCAAGGUCACCAAGAAAUCAGUGCUCGGCUUUUUGGUCCUCCCUGAGGCUGAAUGAUAUUUUAUCAGAGUCACAGCACUCUGAGAGUCAGAUGUGCCACCUUCAGGUUCCUGAAAGAACAGCAUGGAUUUUCUCCCCCAUGUUCAGUGGGUAACACAUAGCAAUGUCACCUUGUUGAGGGGACUCCCACAAUUCAGGGAAAGAUCCAUAUGCCCAGAUAUUUUUCAUUCCAAGAGGUAGGGUCAUUAUUGGUAAGACCAUGAGGCUCAGUGGAAACUACUGAAAUUUUAAUUGGGUUUGCCAGGCUGAUGGCCCCCUACAUAGAAUGUGCCCCCUAUAAACAUGCAUCCAGAAGUAAUCUCUGAAAGUGACUAUGCAAAACCCAUUUACACUCAAAUCUCAGGACCUUCAGGCGUUGUCAGAGAAAAUAACCAAAAGGUAUUGUGAAUUUCAGUAGCCCACCAGCCAUUGCAUCUCAGGCAGGUCGACUAUGAUAAAGGGAGACCUGUCUUCCAUAAAUGUGGCUUUUGUGACCAACCAGCAUUUCUUUCUACUUGGGUGGAAAUGUCCCUCAUUUUUUAGAGAUAUUUAGUGCCAGUGAGGGGAGAUUUCAUGACCCCAGAGGACUUAAGUAUACCUUCUGUGGAGGCAGGAUAGGGUUGUUAAGCUUACUUUUGAAAGAGUGGAACAUGUUGAUUUUUUUGAGCCAUUUUUAGAAACUUUUGAAGUGUGAUAAGUGCCAUAAACUGUACCUAUGGCAGUGUAGUAUUUGAUAAUAGUUACUAUGAUCACCAUCAUUGCAGGAUAAUGACCAUAUCAGAAAUGAUGUAUUCGCACCAUGUUUUUAUUUUUUUUUUAAGAUUUAUUUAUAUAUACAAGAAGUGGGGUACAGUCCAGAGAUGUGGGAGGUGAGAGGAUUCACCAGAACAGAGUGGAGAACUGAGCAGGCAGACUGACCGAAAUACACUGCUGGAGGAGCAGUGUGUGAGUCAGGAGAGGUCUGCCGCACCCUGUGGGUAGCUCCCUGGCCGGGGAUGGAACUCGUGCUGCAGAGACUGCGGACAGCUUCAUAGCUUGUGUCUUAACCCCUUGUGCCACCAGGGAGGCCCCUCUCACCAUGUUUUUAAAUAUAUCUUCCUUCCCUGACUGCCUACUAGUAACCUUAAUAUAAUUUACCCUUGCCAAACUUAAACGAUUGCUAUAUCAAUCUCUGUUUAUUCUGAUUUCUUUUAGGUUGCAUAAUUAUUUUAAGGUUCAUCAAGAAUACUCCAUGAGAACCUCAGUUUUCUAUUUGUCUUUAAAUAUUCUGUAGUAGUUCAUUGCUUUGUUUGUGGACUUAGGGGCUUCCCCCCCCCCACACACAGACAAUUUGAACUGUUACCAAGUUUCUUCAAAGCAUGUAGAUUUCUUUGUAUGACAAUGUUUAUCUUAUCUCAUCAAUUUAGAGUGCAAUGUGUUGAUCGCAGGCUCAGAAUGUUACUUUUGAAGAAUCUAACAUUGUGAUCUCAAUGUCCUUUAUUGCAGUUUUUACCCAUAAGUAAGUUUGUCAUGUUGUUUCAUUGUUGCUUUAUUGCAUUGGGCUGUUUUCUCAUGUGCAUAUUUUCAGAAUUUUAUAUGCAUAGCUGUAUUUUGUUAAAUGUGUGAUAAUGUGUCAUGCUUUUAUGAAUUUAACUAUACAAGAACAGAAUUUUAUGUUGGAAUUUCACUCAUUUUGGAAUACCUGAGCCACAUCUUUGUUUGGUGGAUUAUUCUUUUCAAUACUGAGGAAUAUAUUCUUUAUUUUCAAACUGUGUGUACCAUACCAUAUAAUGCAUACAUAUACCAUACAUUAUUUAGACUAAUCUCCUAUAUAACAUACUCUCCAUCAGUGUUUUAAAUCCAAACAUUUAAGAAAACAAAAUCUUGCUGUGCAGUAUUUGCUCC